CGAGACCGCUCGUGACAACGAGGAACGGUGCGCGCUAACAAAGGAACACCGAAACAAGAGAAAGAAAAACCGGCGCGUUCGCUCGCGCGUGUCCGCUGCCCAACGACCAGGCGGACGGAGUCGCGAUAGUUUUCCGAGUGAACGGUCUACCGACAAGCUGUCAACCUGGAUUUAAGGACGACGAAUCUGGACGUUUACGUCGGCGACCCUGAUCGGUUGUUCGACGUUCGCAAGUCGCGCGGCAGCAGGGAUCGCAAAGCCACCAAAAUAGAUCCGAAAGCGUGCGACGAGGGCAUCGUCGUGACGACGGAGGACGCCGGGUACGAGGACCGGUUGCGAGACGCGAAGGAUAGUCGUCUCGCCGGAAUGAGGGGCGAGUCGGCGCGACCAGGUAAGCGACCCUUAAGGGCGCUCUCCGCAUCCGAGAAGAUGGACGCGAUACAAAGGGUUCACGAAGGCGAGAGCAAAGCGUCGGUGGCGAGAGACAUCGGCGUGCCGGAGUCGACGUUGCGAGGAUGGUGCAAGUCCGAGCACAAGAUUCGAGGAAUGGCGAGGAACUCGUCGACGCCGGACAGCGAGGCCCACUCUCCGGCAUCGUCGUCGGGAGCGAACGUCACCGCGGGCAACCUCGCGGGUGGAUCGGCGAACCUAUCCAGCGAGGACGAGGGUCCCUGUUCGAAGAAACCCAAGAUGGACCAGCAGACGUCGGUGACGAGCGCGGGUACGUCGUACGUGGACGUGUGCACCGACGCCGAUCUCAAGCCGGACAACAAACCGAAAAUCGACUACGUGGGACUGAUGACCAGCAUGGCGGGCAUGAGACCCGAGAACAGUUCGCUGUUGCUGCAACAGCUGGGCCUGCUGACGGGCGCGACCGGUACGCUCGCCAAGAAUCUGUUGAGCAUGUCACCGGCGCUGUCGCACGGCAGCACCGUCGGUCUCGUCGAGAACGGACUCCAGUACACGAAGAACAGCGCGAACCCGUGUCUCGCGAACGUCAACAGCUUGAACGGCGGCAGCAAGAGGCACAGCAUCUCGGCGAUCGCGCCCGCACAGAUGGACUCGGUGGUGGCCAAGUCGUGCACGAGGAAGAGUCUGCCACCUGCCGCGGAGGCACCCUCGACGCCGGUACCCGCCUCGCCGAGAAAGACCAACGAGAACAACGGGAUGCAGCGGUCGUCGAGCGGCAAGCCGAAAAAGGACGGGAACGUGAGCGGUAACAAGAAGGUCGACGAGGCGUUGUGGCUGUGGCUGACGCAGCAGCAACAGCUGCUCGGUCAACAGUCGGCCAGUUUCAACCCGAGCAUCAAUCAGCAGGACGGCUCGUGGUUCUGGCAGUGGUACAAACAGUGCAGCUUCCCGUUGAUAACGCCGACGCCGCUAGCGCCCAGCCCGGUCGCCAAGAAGUCGCCCAGCAAAGCCAGAGCCAUGCUCGAUAACGUGCUUUGCAACAACAACAACGAGAACGUGAAACGAAGCCUGAACAUGGACGAGGAGUCCAGGGAGGACGUCGACUCGGCCGGGGACGUGCCGGCCAGCACCGAGGAGGCGAUCGAACACGGCGAGAAGUUCUUCAAGUGGUUGGACAAAUGCUCCGAGCCCGCCGUCACGAGGCUCCAGAUCAUACAGUUCAAAUAUCUGUUGGACAAUCUGAAGGCGUGCAGGAAGAAGUCGUCGUCUAGCUCGAAACAAAGCAGAAAGUAGGCGACGGACAAGCUGUGAUGCUAAAUAUAUAGCUGUAAGAAAGAGUGCGUUUGAGCGUGGAGCACGCCGGGUGAUCAGCAGCUGGUAGAACGUAGGUAGAAUCGGUAAGAGAAAUAGGCGAUGAAAUAGGAAACGGAGAAAAGAUUUAUCGCGAUUCAACCGGGGUAGUCAGUCGUUCGUGAUCUCCUUUUUCUUUCGAUUUCUUUUUUUUACGUGCCGUCGAUUACCGUUCGCGUUGACGUAACUAGAUACGGCCCAGGGUGGACCCCUUCUCUGUUCAAAAUUAUCGCGAUAACUUCGUAGUUGGGGCAUUUGGAAAUUUAACAGUCUAAGAUGCUUGAAAAUUUUUGUCGACUCGGGAAAUUUGAAAAUUUGAUUACUCGAAAAAUCUUGCAUCGCUGUUUUCUCUCGAAAAGAUUACCGUGCUCGGUAAUACUGUACGCUUUCUGCCUCUACGUCACAAUUUCUCCUAACGCAGUCUAGCCUGUCGUGCUCUCUAUCGUUCCGUAGGCCCAUCCUAAAUAAAAAUGCUAGUUACGCCAAUGACGAUUCGUCAUCUCGUCCCCGUGAUUCGCGCGUGUACGCGCUCGACGGAGCAGAGCGAGUACGAACCGGACGAUCGUAGUCGUCGUACUCUUCCGAACUCCUGACGUUCCGUGAUUUAAAAGAGAACGAUGCGCGAUCGUGCUUCUCCGUCGCUCUUCGUGUUUUUUCGUUUCUGAGUUACCUUACGAGCCGGGCCGAAUCAAAACGGGUCGUAACGAUCUUGUCUUUAUCGAAACCUUGUACAUAAGAGGAUAUACCAAAUUCGUAAAUGGACUGUUGUAAUUAUAAUAAAAGUUAAGAUGUUCGUAGAGAGUUAUUAUUAUCGGAUCAUUAUCAUUCGUUAGCGUAAAUGCGUGAGAGUGUGAGAACGCGUGCGCGAACGAUCGAAUUAACGGACGAAGAUUCUCGACCGAAGAUACAUGCGUCUUUUAUCGACAGCGAUCGUGGAGAAACGAUGCUGUACUCGAAAAGUCGAAAAAUGGACAAUUUACUUUAUCUACGGUCAAGGAACGAGACCACUCUGGUUUAGUUGCGUGUUUUACGUUCGAUUAUCGCCCGGGUAUAUGUUUAAACACGGCUUCACGAUGUUCGUAUUGUGUACUGCGCUUUUUUUUCUCCCCCCAAACAGUUCUACCUCUCGUUCUGUUAGCGCGUUUUAUUAAGGUUAAAUGUGUGUAUGUGUGUGUGUAUGCAUUUGUGCGUACGAGUAUGUGAAUGUGUGUGCACGCGACUCGCACGAAACUAAAUGGUCCAAAACAAACAAAAGAAUAAAACGAAAAUGACAAGACGAUGUUUGUUAUAUCGAUGAUAAAUUAUAUAUAUAAAUAUAUAUAUGUAUAUUUAAGGACCUUCGUCGCUUAGCUUUACGGAAAUAAGAUGUUUUGAUGAGAAGCAAGCGUUUGACUAACUCUUACCAUACUGAGUGGUUUGUCCAGUGGCUCGUACUCGAUGUAGUCGCUGGCAAAUUUUCCGCACCCCUGCCACGUGUACAGUUCCGGAUAUGGCGGCGUACUUCGUCUGAUAGUCGUAGACACGAAUUUCUGCACAAGAACAAACUAUAAAGACACUUUCUAUCUCGUGAUUUUUGAUUUUCAUUACUCUUAAACUUUGCUUUGCUACCGAAAGAUUCUUCCCUCGAAUAUUUAUUCUUUUCUUUCUUGCAUCCUCGCCGCGCGAUGUUACGAAACUCAGAUCCGCCAUUGUUGUUUACGAGAAAAAGGUUACACGAGUCAAAGGAGCAUUUAUUAUUUUCGUUUUUCCAUAAUUUCGUUUCGAUCGAACGAAAUUGUUCCUAUAGAAAGAAGGAAUAGAAUCUUACGGUUUAGCAAAGUGUAUUUAUAAAAAAAAAAACACGAAAUGAAUGGAUAAAUAAAAAAACAGGAAACCAAAGUGAAGUAAGUGCUGUCUCGAGUGACAGUACGUGUAAAUAAGACUGUGACCGUGCACUUGCACGCGAAGUGCAUACCAUGUAUUGUAGAACAUUGAAAGCAUGUAUGAAUAAAUGUAUAGCGAAGUUUAUUUUUAUUAUUUAGAUCGUAGAAGGAGAUGAUUCGAGUGUAUUAGAAAGAUUCCUAUUAACGCAGUUAUUUCCAUUAGUUAAAUUAAUUAAAGAAAUAAGAUGAGACACGAAAGAACAAAGAAUGAGAUGCUUAACGGAGUCUAUUUCAAGAUGUUUCACAUUCCUCGUUACCUUUGAACGAAAAAGAUACCACCUUGAACGACUCAACACGAAUUUUUUAAAUGAUAAAAAUAUCGAUAAUUUUAUUUAUAAACGCGUUUUAAUUUUUAUAUAUCGAGAAAAUAAUGCCUUUGUACGAGUCGAAGAGUUAUUUAUCAAAGAGAAUACAACCACGAGAAAAUAAAACACGUAUUCCGCAUA